GGCGUACCAGGGACGACACCCCGAGUGGCCAAGCCCAGCAGAGUUGGUGAGCUGACGUGUGUGUUCAAUGCCGUGCUUCAGUUUUACCGGGACAAAGGAGGAGGCUAACAUUCUCUUGCGCCGCCGUCCCGUAACUCGACAGUGGUGUUUUUCCCUUUAAGGAAAUCACGAAUAUUUGCAUGUAAGGAACUGGACUCGUAAAUAUUCAUCGCCUGACCAACCGCUUCAGCUCUCUGUAGUGAAAGUGUAUAAUGCAGGGCAAAUGGAACCCAAUCCGCCUACCCACUCGAAGAAACUGAGUCGAGGAGGAACAGGCAGUGGGUGGCCGUGUGGAGACGUGUGUUGGAGCUUUAUCGGAGUUGUGUUUGUUGAUGGUGGCGGUAGUGCAGUUGGCUUCACUCUUAUGAAGUGAAGUUUCUAGAGCAUUUGGGAAGUCAUCUCGGUUACUUGCAACAGGAAUAACCAACCCUCUUGCCAGAGUGACUGCCGCAUCUCGGGCAACUGCCACUUGCUGAGACAUCAACAUUAAUCAAACAGAAAUGCCAGCCCCAUCUAAUCUGCGUGGGGCAAUGCCCGCUCCAAAUGAAGUGUCCCCUCCGGAGGAAUAUUUUAGAGGGGUGUCGACGCUAUGUCGCCGUAUGUUGGAUGAUAUGUCAGCUGUUAAGGAGUCCUUUGGUGAUCACUGGAAUCAACUUUCUUAUCAUCAACAGUGUAGGGUCAUCGACCAAGCCAUUGUAGAUGAGGCCACAGUGAGGAGAUAUGAAAGUGGAGGUGCGACAGGACCCGAGUGCGAGUAUUUUCCGAAAUUAAAACUGCCAACGGGUCAGAAGGUGGUGUGUGAUGAAACCCUAACUGCAAGAGGCUUUUCCUGCAGCUGGAGAGACGAGCAUUCAGCACCAUUUUCUUGGCACACCAGAUCUCAGAUGGACUUGACACUUGACACACCACCAGACACUCCUACGCAUCCAAGUACUCCAACUGAAGCCUCAUUCACAACCAUAGAAGGCGAAGGACGGGUAAUCCCAGGAGGCCGUGCCGUCUACUCGGCACGUCCAGUAUCUUUACCAAGACCCCCUCGUUUCCGUUGGCAUUAUGAUCCGCCUGAUGGACUGCCAGAUCCGCCUGAUGGACUGCCAGAUCCUCCCUCUGUUGUUGUGGCAGCUCCUAAAUCUGCAACGCUACCUAGUGAUAUUGGAAGAGCUCCUCAAAAGUCAUCACAAGCCAUGAAAUACAUGCUUAUUAGAGGCAAGGGAGAUGAAAAUGAAAAAGGGGGUUUAAUGGCUAAGAUUCGAGGUGUUGUCUCAGCCCUGACAGCUACAUGUCUACCCCUCCGUGCUGCACCGGGUCCAACAUCUCAUCUGUCCAUCCACAAUGCUUCUGAAGGAGGCAGAGAACCAGAGCUUAGGCCACUAAGGGUACAGACUCAGUCAUCAAAAUGCACAGCUGGUCAGGUAUCUGAUCAAGCCUCUAGUAGAAUGAUUUCAAAACAGUCAAACACAUUAGAACCCCAGAAAGGAUGUCAAGGUCCUUUUGCAACUAUUACAGGAGAUCCUUCACUAUCGGGUUACAUGUGCUCACUUCCCGAUGAUGAAGAUGAUGUACCGUAUACAGUUCAUAAUACAUCACAAUUCCCGCCUUCACAUUGUGGUGAAUUGUCUGCAACAUCUCAUACAUCACCAGCUGAUGUAACACAAACCUCUGAAACUGCAGCAGCAAAUAUGGCAAUGUCUAAUCUUGAAGACAGACACCCAGAUAGCAAUAUAUAUUCUGCUGGUCUCAGUCCCAGUAGUUUCAUGUCUCCAACGGCUAGCCUCCCAACACCAGUGCCUACACCAACAGCAGGAAACCCAAAUAAUCCUGUGGAGAACUUUCCCACCAUGUGCACUUCAACACCUAUUCUUUCUUGUAAAGACCAUCAAAUGGCAGCUCGCCCAAAGUUUCAGCAGCCUGACCUUAUCACAGAUACAUAUGACUCGCAGACAACUGACAUUGGCUGCAGAGUAAGAUCACCAACACUCGAAGAGAAACAAUCUGACGUUGAGGAUAAUGGAGGAUCAUCAACACCAAUCUUAGCUAUGAGAAGCGAGAGUAUCAUACCCAAGACUGGCUUUGACUUCCUGGACAACUGGUAAGCAGAUGGAGAGCAGCGCCCUGGGAGCGAAACUAGGCCUUAUAACUUUGCAGGGAAGGAUGAUAUCCUGCACUGAAACUCUCUAGGUGUCGGAAUGUUAAAUUUUGCUAUUAUUUUCCAUAUUUGGUGAUGUAAAAACACAAUGAUUUUAAUAUAAAUUACAUUUAGAUCUAUGCAGUCUUACAAAAUAUGCCAGUUGAGAAAACCACACCUUAUAUAUAUAUGCCAGGUUUGUCUCUAGAAUAUUUGAUAAAUGAUUUUAUAAAGACAGGAAGUACGUGAUAUAUUGAAUUAUUAUAUCUGUGAAUCCUGUCUUCUUAUAACUGUGACGAAUCUGAAUGUCAUUCUUGGUACUGGAUAUAGUGACAGCAAAAUGCAAAGUCUCAGGAAUAUCAGUAUUUGUUCAAAUAAAUUUGAUGUAUAAUGCCAGAUAAUCUUCAUUGAUGGUAUGAAGGGAAAACAAGGUUUUUACCAAACCCAAAUUAUUCCAUAUAUCAACAUUCAGAUGUAUAUAUAUAUAUAU